CGUGCCUGCGUGUGACAAACAAGAAAGAAAAAUGAAAUCAGCGAUGGAUUUCGAGGUGCAGGUGAUAGAGUCGUCGUUUGUAACGCCCAGCGAGCCGGCACCGAGGAAGGAGCUCUGGCUGUCCUCCUUGGACCUCUGGCUGGCCAACCAAGGCCACACUCCGACGAUCUAUCUCUACAGCAGCUCCAAGGAUGCUGCUGCGGCUGAUCAUUUCUUCGACGUGGCUAGGCUCAAGGAGGCUAUGGCCAGAGCCUUGGUGGCCUUCUACCCCCUCGCCGGCCGCCUCGGCGUCAACGACGCCGACGGCAGGAUGGAGAUCAGCUGUAAUGGCGAAGGUGCACUCUUUGUUGUCGCUCAAGCUGAUGAUCUCACUGCCGAUGACGUCAAGAAAUUCAAGCCGUCGCCAGAGCUGAGGCGGCUGUUUGUUCCACUCGUUGAGCCAUCGUCCAUCAUGUUGGCCGUACAGGUGACUUUCUUGAAGUGUGGAGGGGUGGCGUUAGGGACCGCUCUCCACCACAUCGCCGUUGAUGCUUUAAGCGCGUUCCACUUCUUCCAGACAUGGUCGGCCUUCUCCAAGCAUGGUGACCACGCUACCGUGGAGCUCCCUUGCCAUGACCGUACCCGACUAUGUGCACGGUCCCCGCCCACAGUCCAUCCCGAUGCACUCUUGACGUUCUACCCUAAGCAUGCCUUCUCCGACCCUUUGGCGUUGGGACCUCUUGCCAUCCAAGUCCUCACCAUUUCCAAGGACCAGAUCGCCUCCUUGAAGCUCCUCUGCGGCGGUGGCACGACGAGCACCUUCUGCGCCGUGAGCGCUCUCAUGUGGCAGUGCACAUGCAUUGCACGCCAGCUCCCACCUAAUUCUCAAGCGCGCCUCGCGUUCCCGGCUGACCUCCGGCGUAGAAUGAGACCGCCCCUCCAGAGCCACUACUUUGGCAACGCGGUGUUCAGGCUAUGCGUCACUGGCGUGGCAUGGGAUAUUGCCACAGAGAAGUUGGGAUCCGUCGCUGGCCGUAUCAGAGGCGCCAUCGAUCGAAUGGAUGAUGAGCUAGUGCGCUCUGCGAUCGACUACUUUGAGAUGGACGAGAAGGACAACCGGCCUCCGAGGGGUACCUUGCCGCUGACGGACCUGCAUAUUUCAAGUUGGUUGGGUAGGCCACAGUACGAUGCAGAUUUCGGAUGGGGGAAGCCAGAGUUGAUGUCGCUGGCAGAGAACCACCGUGGGGGGUUUGUGUUUUUGAUGAACAAUGACGAUGGUGCUGGCAGCGGCGGCGUCCGUCUGCUCAUGUGCAUGGAGGCUGUAAAUAUAAAGGAGCUAGUGCGGCUGCUUUAUGCAAAGCUCUAGCAAGCUGCUAGUGCUUAGUAUUAAUAAUAAGGUUUUGUAAUAAUAAUAAUGUUUUGUAAUGAUUCCAUAUAAGGUUGUAUGGUUGUAUGCAAGGGAGAUACUUAUAUGUAAAUUAAGUACUACUUGAUUUGUACA